CUCUGCUCAUGUCUCCUCAUACCGGACGCCGCACGCCAUUCUCCUGCCCAGUGCAGACUUCACUGGAUCCGCAGCCGGUGUACGCUCCGGUCUCGAUCGACACCCAGACACGCCCAUGCUGCCUUUAAAGACAUCUCUCACACUCUGGUCGAUCAAACCCCCCCCCCUCCUCCUCCCACACCAAGCAAACCCAUCCGACCUCAUACCCCCUUCUCAUCUUUGUCUCGAACAACUACAUCAACUGACUCCUACGCUCGCCAUUUUCUUGCUGUUCUGCUUCACAUACCCGCCUACAUCACCUCGCCUGCAACCACAUCCUCUCUCCCCCUCUCGACGUAGAAAGCCCGCUUCGACCUACUGGCUGGGCGAAGGAUACGAACGCUCACGGACAAUCAUCUGGACAUUAUCAACACCCAUCUAAAUCAUCUUGCCCGCCAUGUCUCGCAACCCUACCCACCCCGCGUCUCUUCUCCCGCUCUCCGAGCACAACGCUCACGUCGUCCACACCCUCAAGACCCCGGCGCCACAAGAGUUCUAUGACUACAUUGCUCAGCGCUGCGAGCAGGUCAUCCGCAUCGAAGAUGAGCUUCCAUCACCACCAGCCUCGCCUCGCUCCCCGACCUCAGUCGCCGGACACUCCCGCUCGAAUCCCAUCCCAUCGGCUCAGUCGACCUCUGGUGCAACCGCCCCACGAUGGUGGGAGGCUCCCCUUCCUCCUAAGGACACCAGCGAGUCUCUCCCUUCGCUGGCCGACUUUAUUCGAGGUCUCGUUGCCCAGUCAAACGUCCAGAUGCCGACCCUCGCCGUUGUCCUUGUCUACCUGGCCCGCCUCAAGGAGCGCCUCCCGCCAGUCGCUCAUGGUAUGAAGUGCACCCGCCACCGCGUUUUCCUGGCUGUACUCAUCUGCGCUGCCAAGUAUCUUAACGACUCGAGCCCUAAGAACAUGCACUGGCAACGCUAUGCGCGUUUCUUCGCUUUGGCCGAGGUCAACCUCAUGGAGAAGCAGCUGCUCUAUAUUCUCGAUUACAACCUCGAGGUCGACGAGCCGUCGCUUAUCGCCCAUCUCACCCCCUUCUGGGCGGUCCAGAACCGUCUCAACGCCGCUCGCUCGGCCGCUCAGAUUCAUCAGGCCAACGUCUACCCCGCCGCCUCGUCGUCAUCUGGCGCCUCCAGCCGCAACCCCAUCUCGCCUCCCCUCACUCCCCCAACCAAGCAGAAUUUCUCUGGCCACAUCCCGUCAUCACCCCGCCUCCCGCUCCUCCCAGCACCAGCAUCCGCACCACGGUCGCACUCGUCGGACGCUCUCCGCCGUCACCGUGCCCACCCAUAUCCUCACCCUCCUCCCACUGUCGCCUCGACCUCGUACAUGCCAACACCUCCUAAGCAGGGUGACUCUCCUGGCGACUACUUCGUGGAGUCGCACGGCUACUACCACCACCAGCACUUGCCCCACUCGCAGGCUUCGAUGGCGGCCCUCGCCUACGCACGAGCUCGCCGCGCUCUCGAGGCUGCCCCUCGUCCUCUUUCACGCCACCCAUCUCCCCUCACGCACUUUGCUCGCCUCCAUCUCGAUGAGGAGGCUCCGGGGCUGGUUCCGCGCCGCGAUUCGGAAACCAGCACUUGCUCGUCGUGCUCGUCACUUGCCAGCGAGACACCCGAGCUUUACCAGGACCCUACGGUUACCGCAUCCAACCUCGCUCGCCGCAGUGCGGCCCAUCCUUUCCCCGACGACACGUACCUGACUGGGUCGGGGGAUGUGUCGCCCUCGUGGCGCAAGCUUGGCCUCCGGCAAGCCCAAGCUAUCAUUGCGCCCCGGCGUGUCGCAUGACGGUACAUAAAUACACUCCGUACUGCUCAGCGCCACUCAGCGUGCGUCAUCGGGUCGGGCUUGAGGGCAUCACGAGGAUCUUGAAAGGAUCACAUCUUGGGGACCUGUUGUUGUAGACACUGCAUUAUAGAACCGGACUCUUCGUCAUCACGAUAGACACGCAUAUUCACGUUCAUGCAUCCCUUGGGACCACG